GUUUAGAUAAGGCUUUGUUUGAUUCUUAAUCCGCGACGUGACCUAAAAUCUACAAAAGCGUAUCGCGCCAUUAAAUCAGUGAAGUUUCCGCGUCUUCGUUUGUUGCGCCAGCAGGAUACACAGAAUGGCCACCGCAAACCAGAGUCCCACAUCGUUGAUCACCACGAAUGAGGAGUCGUUCGAUUUCCUUUUCAAAAUCGUCCUUAUUGGCGAUUGCGGAACGGGUAAAACGUGCAUUGUGCAGCGCUUCAAAUCGGGAAACUUUAUCGAGAGCCACGGCAACACGAUCGGAGUGGACUUUUCGAUGAAAGCGGUCACGGUGGACGAUAAGAAAGUUAAGCUCCAGAUCUGGGAUACCGCCGGUCAGGAACGGUUUCGCACCAUUACGCAAAGCUACUAUCGAUCAGCGAACGGAGUUAUAAUCGUGUACGACAUUACCAAACGUUCGUCCUUCUUGAGCCUGCAGCGGUGGAUAGACGAAGUGCGAAGGUACACGGCCUCGAACGUCAUGAUAUUCGUGAUUGGCAACAAAUCGGAUCUGGACUCGAUCCGGGAGGUGGAAUUCUCCGAAGCCCAAAACAUGUGCCAGUACAUACCGGAGGUAAUGUUCGUCAUGGAAACGUCGGCCAAAGAUAACCGGUUCGUCGAGGAUGCGUUCAUGACGUUGGCCACCGAACUGAAGCGUCGACACGAUGGUGUCCUGGCAAGUGAAGCCGAGGAGGCCAUUACGCUUGGGAAGGGUAAAGCCUUGUCCGCUAACAAUUGCAGUGGGUUGUGUGGUUUGGCGUAAAACUUAUACACCCGAUUUACCAGCACCGGAAUUACAGGAACAGGAAUGUGAACCACUAGCCCCGAACCGGAAAUCCGGAUGUAACGUUUUUAUUUUAUCUUAAGUCGUCCAAAUCAAGAGCCCCCGUUCAAUGCCAUUAACUUAAGAAACUAAGCACUAAUAUACAAGACCAUUUCAUUGAUUUAAACUUGAUAAGUCCCACAAGUUUUGUGACCUAAACGCAGGUUCGAAGUUGUAGCCCCACUAUCCAGAGUAAUCGAUUGUUCACGAUCCAGAGGAAUCGAUGUCGUGAAUGGACCUUAAAUGUACAUAGUGUGGGUCAGCCCACAAGCAAGUAUGUGUUAACUAAUUUGUAAUAACUCAAAACCUAUGGGAUGCUGUUCCCGAAAGUAUAUUUUACCUGCACCUGAAGCUACAUAGUAAUAAGCGCAGAAUGUUACAAGACGUGGCCGGUUCGCUAAAUACUAUUUUGGCAAAGCUACGAACAUCGUAUUUAUUUAUUUAAUCAGCUCUAUCGAAACUAUUUUUACAGGCAAUUGUAAAUAUUUAGAGUGUAUUUUAAAAGAAGCAGAUCUGCCCCGAA